AUGAACGGGAUCAAGCAGGACCCCGAAGCGGGUCCGCCGGUCCAGUACAUGGACGACGAGUUCUUCGAGGACACCGGGGAGAUGACGAUGCCGCAGCCAGACACCAAGAGUGACGUGUGGGUAACGCGCAUCGAGAAGUGGCUGUACGAUGCGGUGUCCAAGUGGGAUGACCUGGCAGAAGGCAACGACAACGACCAGAUCCAGAUUGGAGAGGUGCUCGCAUUCAACACAACAUCUGGCAUCGACAAGAGCAGGCCCAUGCGGCUCUUCUUCAGCGAGCGCUGGCGCGCCAAGUCGAAGUUGCCUACAGCGUUCGAGCUGCAGCCAGCGCAAACAACGGACACGGUGCUCGGAAACACAUAUGUCUUCACAGAGAAGGACCUUCCAGGCUACAAACCUACCGGAUACGGCCAGGGCUACCGCGGCGGGCCAGGGUACUACGGUACACAAGACCCAAAAGCGCGCAUCCAGAAGCGCGGAAAAUACAGGAAAGCUAUUCCAAAACAGACGACUCUCAUUGGGCACGCGACCCGCCAGUACCAGAUGAACCCGUUGCCAACGAAAGAGUACAAGGAAUUCGAGGCGCAGCGACUCCACCAUGCGAUCCAAGGCUCGCACAUGGAGACCGUCAUCAUCAAGGAUCCCGGCGUCGCCAACUACAACAACGUCCAGAGCAAGUUCAGCUCGUUCAUCAAGCCCACGACAAAGUCCAAGCCGCAGCAGAACAAGGCCGCCCGUAUCUCGCACCGCGAGUUGCUGGAUCUUCUGCACAGUCUGUUCGACGAGUACGAGUACUGGUCGAUGAAGGCACUCAAGACACGCACGAAGCAGCCAGAGCAGUUCCUCAAGGAGGUGUUGCCCGAGCUGGCCCAUCUUGUCAAGUCUGGCUCUUUUGCCAGCCACUGGCAGCGACAGCAGCAGUUCAGCGUCGACAGGAACCUGAACAACCAGCAGUCAGCCCUGGCGCCAGACAUUGGAGGAGACGACUCCGAGGACGAGGAGAUGGAAGAUGUGUUAGUCUAG